AUCAUUGAUAUAUUCAAAAAUGACAUAUUCAAAGUUUUAUUAUUUAUAAUCGAUAGAUGGCAUUGUUAAGAUUUGUUUUUCAUCAACACCUCGUGUUGUUAUUUAUCGUGGAAUAGAAGAAAAAAAUCUUCAAUCAAUCGAAUCAAGAAUAUUUAUCUUUUUUUUCUUUUGUUUAUCAUUAUUUUGUCAAAGAUGUUCGAUCGAACAUUGUUUCUUCGUUCAAUAUUGGAAACAUUAGAAUGUUGGCCAUCCUUACAGAUUUCUAUUGCAAACGGUAUGGGUGGACCGAAUACAACCACAAAAAUUGAAUGGUUAUGCGAUUCAAUUGUUCAAUUAUUUCGUGAUAAUAAUCAUCUUAUUGUCCAAGAUCUUAUUGAUUUCAUAGCAGAAAUCUUAGAUAAUGAAUUUGAUACCAUUAUUGAAGAUGGAUCGUUAGAAAUGAUUUCGGAAAGCAUUUUUGGAUAUUAUCAAAAAAUAUUGGCUGGUGACCAAAAAUUUGUUUUGGAUAAACUACAACAAACUAAAGAAAAAUAUACUGAAACAAAUAAGAGAGAGAAAGAAAGACAAACUUUAACAACGCCAUCAUCGUUACUUUCCUGUUCAGAACAAACGACGACGAGUGGUCAACAAAUAGCUACGGAUUCAUUAAUGAUGAUGGACGAUGACAAUGAUAAUAAUGAUUGUCCUGAAAAUGAUGGUUGGACUGUUGUUAGGAGAAAGAAAUAGAUAUUAAUUUAUGUUUUGUUUUUUCAACGAAAAAUCUGGAAUAUAUUCAUACAAAUGCAUUGAAUGAAAAAUCGAUUGAUUUUUAUCAAAUUCUAUUAUAAUAUUCUGUAAAAAGCUAAAUGAUUCAUUACAAUUUUUUAUUAUUGUAAAUUGUUAAAAUGAAAUGAAAUGAAAAAAAAUAAAAAUUAUUUUGUUUUUCA